UGGGACAAACCAAAUUGCGUUCAGCAGAAACGCUCAGACUUUGUCCCAAACGUGUUUCCGUAGGUUCCAAACUCGCCUCAUGAAAUCACCAGGGAAAAUGCCGGGUGCAGGAAAGAAAAGCGAAGCAGCGUCUCCUGGGGUUGUGGGGUGGAUCAGCAACGCGUGUCGCUUUGUGACCGACAGAAAUGACUUUAGAAGGAAUCUUCUUGUGAAUCUAGGCUUGUUUGCAGCAGGAGUUUGGGUGGCGAGGAAUUUGUCAGACUUUGACCUGAUGUCGCCUCAACCAGUGACAUAGUCCUGGGCAAUUCAUGGAGUUUUGCAGGAGUGGACUAGUUUCUUCUGAACAAGAAUGGAGCUUUCUAACAGAAGCAAUGAUGGGACAAAUCCAAUGGACACUGAACUUUCACACUGACUUUUUUCCUUCAACAAAAAGAAAGUGAACAGCUGACAUUGUUACACUGUCAAACUUUAUUUAGUAUAAAUAAUGUUUAAGUUAAAGUUCACAAUUGGUGUCAUUCUAGCAGGUUUAAUUAUUCAAGACUAUUAAAAAAGUUACAUAUUAUACUUAAUAAAAAUGUUUAAACAUU